GUUCAAUUUUCAACUUUCUUCAACCGUCUCAAAAGUUAAAACUUGUUUGUAAUAGUUGGUCGUAUUUCUCUGUGAUAAUAUUUUUAAGUGUAUUUUCGUUUAUAUAAUAAAAAAUGUCAGACAAGUCAGUGCAAGUUGCCCUAAGAAUAAGACCUCUCGUCCCUUCUGAGAUCUCAAAAGGCUGCAAAGAUGUAUUUGAAGUUUAUCCCAGCAUAAAUCAAGUAAAAAUCAAAGACACGGAUAAAGCCUUUACUUAUAAUUACGUUUUUGACCCAACUACGACCCAAGACUAUGUUUAUGAAACGUGUGUUAAACGCAUGAUUGAGAAUCUAUUUAAUGGUUAUAACAUAACAGUAUUAGCAUACGGCCAGACGGGCUCGGGGAAAACACACACGAUGGGUACGACAUACAAUGGGGAAGGCGAGAUGGGAGUCAUUCCUAGGGCAGUAACGGAAAUUUUUAAUUGUGUGAGAGAGAACUUUUUGCAUGACAUUACUGUGACUGUGUCUUUUGUGGAACUGUAUCAAGAGUCUUUGUACGACUUAUUAGCUGAGAAAAGUCGAGAACAGUGCGUUCUUGACAUUCGGGAAGACGCAAAUAAAGGGAUUGUGAUCCCAGGGUUAACGCAAGUGCAUGUUGACUGCACCCAACGUGUCUUUGAAGCCCUAAUCCGAGGAUCCAGCAGUCGAGCUACAGGGGCCACGAAUAUGAAUGCACAGAGCUCCAGGAGUCACGCAAUUUUUACCAUAAACAUGUGCAUGAUCAACAAAAAUGACGGCAAUGAGAAGUCUGCAAAGUUCCAUUUGGUCGAUUUGGCGGGUUCCGAAAGACCCAAAAAGACGGGAGCUGUUGGAACAACAUUUAAAGAAGGCGUUAAUAUAAACAAGGGUCUUUUAGUGUUAGGCAACGUGAUUUCGGCUUUAGCUGAUGAAAAACAGCAACACGGUUAUAUCUCUUACCGAGACAGUAAUUUAACUCGUCUACUGAAAGAUUCCUUGGGGGGCAACAGCAUAACAUUGAUGAUUGCCUGUGUUAGUCCCGCUGAUUACAACAUAGAAGAGUCCAUUUCGACAUUACGUUACGCUGAUCGAGCUCGUCGAAUACAAAACAAACCGAUUGUGAACCAAGAUCCGAAAGCAGCCGAAAUCAACUUACUGAAAAAAACUAUACAAGAAUUAAGAUUACAAAUUGUGGGUCAGGGAGGACCUGCCGUUUCUUCCAAUGAAAUUAUCAUUUUAAGGGAAGAAAACGUCCAAUUGCAAACAAAAAUUCGAGAUCUCACUGUGCAACUGUCGUCAACUUUACACGACAACACCGGUCUUUUGGAAAAAUUAAUUAUACUACAAAAUGCGAAUGAAAAUCUCCAUAAAAAAAUUCAAGAGCUAAAACAUGAAUAUGAUCUCACACUUGACAAUAUCAGUUUGAGUUUCAAUCAGAAUGAUACAGAUGGUUUUAAGAAGAAUUUGGAUAAGUUGCAACAGAUUCAAAAACAAUUCAUGGUGCUUGAUUCUGAACAAAAGAAAACCGAAGAUGAAAUUCUCCACCACGAGCGAAAUAUCGACAUUCGUAAAAGUCAAGACGGCAAAUUUAAAAAUGUAGAUGAAAUGAGUAAGGAUCAAGAAAAUUACACCAAACAACAAAUGGCUCUCAAUACUGAACUACAAGAGUUGACUAAACAACUAGCAAUCAAGGAGCAUUUAGCCCGACAAAUUUCCACAAACACUCAGUAUUUAGUCGAUUAUGAAGGCUUGAAGGAGAACGAAAAUAAAAUUCUUCAACUACAGAAAGAAAAAGACGAAUUGAUGCAACAAUUAAAAAACGCACAAUCACACGGACCUUCGUCGAAAAUAGCCGAACAGCGAAGAAAACGAGUCCAAGAAUUAGAAAAUCAAUUACAAGAAUUAAACCGAAAAGUCCAAGAACAAGCCCGCUUGAUCAAAUUGAAAGAGAAGGAUGUGACUAAAAUCAAUCAAUUAAAUAGCGAAAUUCAUUUAAUGAAACAAACGAGAGUGAAAUUGAUUCGUAAAAUGCGCGAAGAAUCGGAGCGAUUCCGGACCUGGAAAAUUCAAAGAGAACGCGAACUCGCAAAACUCAAACAAGAAGACCGCAAAAAUAAAACCAAAAUGGUCCGAAUGGAAGCCAUGCAUAGUAAACAACAAAAUGUCCUCAAGAGAAAAGUGGAGGAAGCUGUGGCUCUUAAUAAGCGACUCAAAGACGCCCUUGCGUUGCGGAAAGCCACUCAAGAAUCGAAAAAUUCGGGAAAAAAUGAGAAAAUAGGCUGUUGGAUGAGACAAGAAUUUGACGUCCACAUGCAUUUGAUAGAGGCGGAGGCAACGUUGAAGGGCCUUUUGGAAGAUAGGGCGACGUUGCAGCAGCAGUUGGACAAAUUGAGGGAAAAUCCGGAGAAUUUAGAUGAAUCGCAAGUGCAGGAAAUUGAGAGCGAUAUGGAAAUGCGAUCGGUACAAAUCCAGGAUUUACAACAGAAACUACUAGACUCUGAGGAAGAAAAUAAAAAAUCAAAGUUUGAUAAUAUACAAACCAUGGGUGAAGCGAAAUUUGCGAUUAAAAUUUUAUUAGAACAAGCGGCAGAAUUAAAGGCGAGUGAAGUGAUGGCGAAAAACAAAUGGAUUGAAACGCAGGUCGCUUUAAAUGAUAUUAAAGAAAAAAACGAAAAAUUCGAAACGGGCUUCAAAAUUCUCGAAAUGAAAAACAACCAAGACGUAUCACAAAUGCAGAAAGAGUAUGAAGAGAAAAUUGCCCUUUUAUUGCGACAAUUACGCGGCGUAGAAGUCCAGAAUGGAAGUGAGGAGCUAAAACAAUGCUGUGCAAUCCAAACAGAACAAAUCGAAAUUUUGGAGCGGAAAAAUCAGGAAUUAAUGGAAAAACUACACGAAACACAACGUCACGCCGACGAGUUGAAGGAAAAAAUAGACACCAUUACGCAGUUGGCUAAAGAGUCGCAAAUUAAAGAGGCCGUAGCUGAACUCAAGACACCGAUCGAAAACAUGAGACGAAGAAAAUUGAAAAUAAAGAGAGAACCCGAUUCGACUUAUACAAUGGAAAAUCAGGAAAACUUUGAUGCUAGUAUGGAAGAAUUCGAUGAUAUCGCAAACGAUCCUGAUUGGAAGCGUACUCCAGUUGGUAAAUGGUUACUUGAAAAAAGAAGAACAAAUCCGGAUGGAGAAAAUAUUUCGUUAAAAAGAACAUCUGAUGGUGGGUGUAUGUGCGUUAAGAGCAAUUGCUCUAAAAGAUGUGGGUGUAGAAAAUUAUAUCGAAGUUGUUCAGCGGGGUGCAGGUGCUCCAGCACAAAUUGCACAAAUAGAGACCAGACUGAUGAAAGCACAGGAUCGUUGAACGAAAAGAAAAGAAGGAUGGUGCCCCAGAGUAGUUUAUUUGCUGAUGAUCAAGAGUCUGAUGUCUAGUUUCAUGUACAUUUUUACAAUUAACUUAAUUAAAACAAUCUUUUUUAAAAAA